CAACCACCGCCUCCCCCCCCUCGGAGCCACAGGUAUACCGCUCACCCUCCUACCCAUCCAUCAACGCGGCGGCGACGGAGACCGCGUGAUCACCAUCGGCCGGCGGCGCCCAUCCAUCUCCGCCUUCAAGCUCGCGCUGAUCGGGACCGUCGUUUCAGCGCAGAGGACAUCAUCGGGGCGGUAGAAUUCGCGGUUCGCUCGGUCGGAGCGAGAGCCCUAAGUCGCUGAUCGGAACCGUCGGUUUCAGCGUAGAGAACGUCAUCGGUUUUCUGAUCGAUCGCGGUUUGCUUCAAUCUCUUCGGUAGAUGUCCGUGGAGAGAUCGUUCGAAGCAUGGGAGGAGGUGCAGCGGCACGGUCAGGACCUGGCCGACCGCCUCGCGCAGGGCGUCACGGGCCUCAUCCAAUCCCACAUGACGCCGCCCUCGUUCCCGUGGCCGAACCCCCGGCAGGCCAAGCUCUUCGACCUCGAGAUACUGCCCCCGCAGAGUUUCGUGAUGGCCGACUUCAAGUCGGCGACGGAGAAGUUCAAUUCUCCCGGAAUCGAGGGCGUUUCCGCGAUUUUCGACAUCGGGAAUAGGAUCGGGCAAGCCGGGUUGGAUUUCGGGAACUGCUUGAACGGGUUCUUGCAGCAGUUUUUCCUGAGCUUGCCGGUGCCCUUCCGACAGGAAGACCAUGCGUCUGCGGCCUCGAUUCGUGCGGAUUUGGGGAUGAGAAGGGAGAGAGGUGAUUUGAGUGUUGGUUUGCAUGAAGAGGUGGGCGCAUUGAGCGAACGCUUGAGGGAUUUCGGGUUUGCAGAGAAUGAUGGGGGAGUUGAGGGAUCGGCAGAUGAGGAAGUCACUGGUUUUAAUAAUCUCAGAGCUGCAGGGCAUCUUGGUAGACCUCAGGGAACAGUGAAUAUUACAUCAACUUAUGAUAGCCGGACGCGAGAUGUAGAGAGUUCUUUAGUUGCACGGGGGGAUUUGUGGAGAGUGGAGGCUUCACAGGGGAGUUCCACAUCAGGGAGUGACAGUUCAUCUCUUUUCCUUGUACAGCUUGGACCAGUACUUUUUGUUCGUGAUUCUACACUACUCCUGCCCAUUCAUUUAUCAAAGCAACACUUGCUUUGGUAUGGUUAUGAUAGAAAGAAUGGGAUCCAUUCCCUUUGUCCAGCUGUUUGGUCGAAGCAUCGGAGGUGGCUCUUGAUGUCAAUGCUCUGCCUUAAUCCUCUGGCUUGUUCAUUCUUGGAUUUGCAAUUUCCGAAUGGCAAGCUCACCUAUGUAUCUGGUGAGGGGCUGACAACAAGUGCUUUUGUACCUGUUUGCGGCGGACUUCUUCAGGCUGAGGGUCAAUACCCAGGAGAGAUGAGAUUCAGCUACUCUUGUAAGAACAAAUGGGGCACACGUUUCACCCCAAUGGUUCAAUGGCCUGAUAAAUCCUUUAGUUUGGGUCUUGCGCAAUCCUUGGCUUGGCAAAGAUCUGGAAUCAUGUACAAGCCAACCAUUCAGCUCAGUAUGUGCCCUACUUUUGGUGGAAGCACUCCAGGUUUGCACGCAGAAGUCAUUCAUUCGGUGAAGGAGCAGCUAAGUUUAAUAUGUGGUUGUGCAUGUACAGCACAUCCUUCGGCCUUUGCAUCCGUAUCUAUUGGGAGAUCUAAGUGGAAUGGGAAUGUUGGAAGCUCAGGAGUAGUUCUCAGAGUGGAUGCGCCACUCUCCACUGUCGGUAGACCUUCUUUCUCCGUUCAGAUAAACAGUGGUGUUGAGUUUUGAUUGCUUCUUACCCUUAAUUUGCAGUUGAAAGUGUAUAUAGACUAAUAUAGUGUUACGCAUGUUAGCACAGGAUACCUUGUGAAUAUUUACCCACUUUUGAGGCAAUGGAUGAGUUUUUAUUUGUCCGCAUUUUACAUCUCUUGCGCUUAUAGGAGAAUGUGAUUUGACUUUUUCAGAA